AUUCUGCAAUGGCUGACACUUCUAUGGGACCAACACCUCCACUGAAAGAUGAGCUUGACAUUGUUAUCCCCACCAUAAGGAACCUUGAUUUCCUUGAGAUGUGGAGGCCAUUCUUUCAACCUUAUCAUUUGAUCAUUGUUCAGGAUGGUGACCCCACAAAAAUCAUUAAGGUUCCACCUGGUUUUGAUUAUGAGCUUUAUAACCGCAAUGACAUUAACAAGAUGCUUGGUCCAAGGGCCUCUUGCAUCUCCUUCAAGGACUCUGCUUGUCGCUGCUUUGGUUACAUGGUGUCUAAGAAGAAGUACAUCUACACCAUUGAUGAUGACUGUUUUGUUGCCAAUGAUCCAUCUGGAAAAGCAGUUAAUGCACUUGAGCAGCAUAUUAGAAACCUUCUGUGUCCAUCCACUCCUUUGUUUUUCAAUACCCUCUAUGACCCCUUCAGAGAUGGUGCAGAUUUUGUCCGUGGAUACCCUUUUAGUUUUCGUGAAGGUGUACCAACUGCUGUUUCCCAUGGACUUUGGCUCAACAUCCCAGACUAUGAUGCUCCUACACAGCUUGUGAAGCCUCUUGAGAGGAACACUAGGUAUGUGGAUGCUGUUCUGACCAUUCCAAAAGGCACUUUAUUUCCCAUGUGUGGAAUGAACUUGGCAUUUGAUCGUGAUCUCAUUGGACCAGCAAUGUACUUUGGUCUAAUGGGAGAUGGUCAACCAAUUGGACGCUAUGAUGAUAUGUGGGCUGGUUGGUGCUGCAAGGUGAUUUGUGAUCAUUUGAGGCUGGGAAUCAAAACAGGUCUACCCUAUAUCUAUCACAGCAAGGCAAGUAACCCUUUUGUAAAUCUGAGGAAAGAGUACAAAGGCAUAUUCUGGCAGGAAGACAUUAUCCCAUUCUUCCAGAGUCUUGUUCUUCCACAAGAAUGCACCACUGUUCAGAAGUGCUACAUUGAACUCUCCAAGCAAGUCAAGGAAAAACUUUCAAAGAUUGAUCCUUACUUUGACAAGCUUGCAGAUGCCAUGGUCACUUGGAUUGAAGCUUGGGAUGAACUUAACCCUUCUGGAGCAUCUGAGGCCAAUGGCAAAGCAUAA